AUGUGCGACAACCAUACCAGAUCUGACCACGACUCUUCAGUUGCUGAGUGUGGUUAUCAUUUUGACCUCAAUGCCUGGGAUGAUAUUGUUGGCAACACCGGCGAGGCCUUCAGCUAUUCCGACCCGGACAGCCCUUGGUCAUCUUUCGCUCCAGACACUCCUCCUGGCGUUGGCAUUGUGUCAUCAGAUAUGCCACUGACUCCAAAAGGAUCUCGCUUUGGAAUCAGUGGAGACGACCCUGGGGAAAACGCACAAUACAACUUUCCCAUGCGCCACGAUGAGGAGAGCCCGACUGUAGACCCAAGUCACUUGGAUAUGGGCCAGUAUCAAGCCACGUACGAUACUGGAGUCCGGGCUUCAGACUCCUAUAUCAAUACACAGGCUUGCUCCUUUCCCCUUUUUUCUGAAGUCGGGCCUUCGGACCCCCCUCAGAUCCCUCAAAGUUACUCGAUUUACCCAUUUGACCAACCCUUCCAAGCCUAUCAGGCCUCUGAUAUCCCUUUGGCUAGAGAACAAGACUCCCACCAAUACGGUUCGGCAGAAGUAGCAGGUGCUCACCCUCCACCCCGCUACGCUCCAUCAGCAUAG